CCUGGCUACGUGUUCACUUUGAAGUAGGAAGUUCCCCAGCUAGUGAUAGGGUAGCUAACGUUAGCAAAACUGCUGUUGGAGGGCCUUUUGGUCUUGCAGCAACCAUGUUGCCGACCACCUCCUACUCCCCUCUGAGCCAGAGUGGCAGCAACGGCAGCCUGGGCUCCCGCGACGCUGCACGCCACACGGCCGGCGCCAAGCGCUACAAGUACCUGCGGCGGCUGCUGCACUUCAAGCUGAUGGACUUUGAGUUCGCCAUAUGGCAGAUGCUCUACCUGUUCACCUCGCCGCAGCGCGUCUACCGCAACUUCCACUACCGCAAGCAGACCAAAGACCAGUGGGCCAGGGAUGAUCCGGCCUUCCUCGUGCUUCUCAGCAUCUGGCUCUGUGUGUCCACCAUGGGCUUUGGGUUCGUGCUGGACAUGGGCAUCCUGGAGACUCUGAAGCUGCUGCUGUGGGUGGUCUUCAUAGACUGCAUCGGUGUGGGGCUGCUCAUCUCCACCCUCAUGUGGGUGGUGACCAAUAAGUACCUCAUGAAGCACCCCAGUAAGGACUACGAUGUGGAGUGGGGAUACGCCUUCGAUGUUCACCUGAAUGCAUUUUACCCCCUGCUCGUCAUCCUACACUUCCUACAGCUCUUCUUCAUAAACCAUAUAGUGGUCAUCAACUCAGACUGGUUCUUGGGCUACUUCGUAGGGAACACCUUGUGGCUGACUGCCAUCGGGUACUAUUUAUACAUCACCUUUCUGGGAUACAGCGCGCUGCCGUUCCUGAAGAACACAGUGGUGCUCCUGUACCCCUUUGCUCUGCUGGGCCUGGUGUACGUGCUGUCCCUCGGCCUGGGCUGGAACUUCACCAAGGGCCUCUGCUGGUUCUAUAAGUACCGGGUCCAGUAGGAGGACAGAACAGACGUGGCCCGAGUACUGCCUCCCUCCAGGACCCCAGCAAUGACUGUACAAUAAUGUUAUGGUUACAGCAUGGCUCAAUGGAUUUGAAGCACUUUCAACUGUUGGGCUAAAAGACUUUAUCUUUUUCUUUUGUUCCUGAAGAGGGGGAUAUGCAGAGAGACUGACUCGCUUUUGCUUUUUUUUUUCCUCCCCCACACCUUUUUUUUCCGGAUUGUUUUGAAUGGGCCUGUGUGUGCCAUGCUUGUUUUUUUUUGUAUAUCAUGUAAAUAUUACUGUGGUUGUAGAUAUGCGAGGAAAAAAGGUGAGAAAUGAUUGUGGAUUUUUUGUGGGGAUGCUUUUUUUUAAAAGGAACAAAAAAAUA